GAUUUUUCAGCUUUCUUUUCCACUGUUUUUCUGCAGGAAAAUCAGCGACGCUUUCUUAGCUACCCUUUUUGUCGUGUUUUGAAAUAUCCGGUCAACACUUCUGAAAAAAGGCAAAAGAAAUGGUGUUUCCUGCAACAACAGGAGGAGGCGGCGACGGUUGGGCAGACAUGAAGAGCAUCACCCUUCAAGUGCUCAAGGGGCGGUGGUUCGUGGUGUUCACAACAUGUCUGUUGAUGUCCGUCUCCGGAGCGAGCUACAUGUUCGGCCUCUACUCCAACGAGAUCAAAUCCACACUCGGCUACGACCAGACAACUCUCAAUUUGCUUGGCUUCUUCAAGGACUUGGGUUCCAACAUAGGAAAAUCAGCGACGCUUUCUUAGCUACCCUUUUUGUCGUGUUUUGAAAUAUCCGGCCAACACUUCUGAAAAAAGGCAAAAGAAAUGGUGUUUCCUGCAACAACAGGAGGAGGCGGCGACGGUUGGGCAGACAUGAAGAGCAUCACCCUUCAAGUGCUCAAGGGGCGGUGGUUCGUGGUGUUCACAACAUGUCUGUUGAUGUCCGUCUCCGGAGCGAGCUACAUGUUCGGCCUCUACUCCAACGAGAUCAAAUCCACACUCGGCUACGACCAGACAACUCUCAAUUUGCUUGGCUUCUUCAAGGACUUGGGUUCCAACAUAGGUAUCCUGUCUGGCCUAAUCAACCAAGUGACACCGCCAUGGGUGGUCUUAGUAGUUGGUGGAGUUCUGAAUUUUUUUGGUUACUUCAUGAUAUGGCUGGCCGUGACCAAAAGAAUUGGCAAGCCUAGUGUGUGGAACAUGUGCUUGUACAUUUGUAUUGGUGCAAAUUCCCAUACUUUCACCAACACUGGAGCGCUCGUCACCAGCGUGAUGAACUUCCCAGAGAGCCGUGGAAUGGUGAUGGGGCUUAAUAACGGCUAUAUCGGUCUGAGCGCAGCGAUUAUCACGCAAUUAUUCCACGCCUUCCUUGGCGGCGACACCAAGUCUUUGAUCUUGCUAAUGGCGUCUCUUCCAAUGGCCGUAUCCUGCACUUUUCUCCGUGUCAUUCGGGUUCUGAAGGGUGGUGUUCGGCAACCUAACGAAAUUAGAGUUUUCUGCAAUUUCCUCUGCGUUUCACUUUGUCUUGCUGGGUUUUUGAUGGUUAUGAUUAUUGUACAAAACAAUGUCACCUUCACGCAAACAGAGUAUGGUGCCAGUGUCGGCGUGACGUUUUUCUUGUUAUUUCUCCCCAUUGUUGUCGUCGUCAAGCAAGAGUAUAAGAUUUGGAAGAUCAACAAGAAAGUUGUCAAUGAUCCUUCACCGUUGAAAGUAAUCACUCAGCUUGAGCCUUCACCAUCAUCAAUUUCGGCUACUGAAGAAUUGACUGCAGAAAAUCAAGCUUCCUGUUGGAAAACAAUGUUCCGACAGCCGGAUAGAGGGGAGGAUUAUACAAUACUCCAAGCACUUUUCAGCAUUGACAUGUUGCUGCUGUUCUUAGCGACAAUUUGCGGCCUCGGGGGGACUUUAACGGUAAUGGACAACUUGGGACAAAUUGGAACAUCCUUAGGAUAUCCGCUUGCAAGUAUAAGCAAUUUCGUGUCACUUUCAGGCAUAUGGAACUAUCUAGGAGUUGUUGUCGCAGGUGUGGUGGCAGAAAUUUUUGUGACAAAAUACAAGUUUCCUCGUCCUCUUAUGCACACUUUAAUCCUCCUUUUAUCAUGUGUUGGUUAUCUUCUAAUCGCGUUUAAUGUCAAACAUGCACUUUAUUUUGCAUCUAUAAUCUUGGGGGCUUGCUGUGGAGCACAAUGGCCGCUAGUUUUCACAAUAAUUUCUGAACUUUUUGGCCUAAAAUACUACUCUGUUCUGUACAACUUCGGGGCACUGGCUAGCCCAAUUGGGUCUUAUUUGCUCAAUGUGAGUGUCACUGGGUAUUUAUAUGACCGGGAAGCUAUGAAGCAACUAGCUGCAUUGGGACUCAAGAGGCAGCCUGGGGAAGAACUAAAUUGUAGUGGGGGGGAGUGCUAUAGAUUGUCUUUCAUUAUUCUCACUGUUGUGACAUUGUUUGGUACAAUUGCUUCACUUUUCUUGGUGCUCAGGACUAUGAAAUUUUACAAGAGUGACAUCUAUAAGAAGUUCCGAGAGGUAAAAGCCACCGAGACAGGACGGGUGAUUGGCCAAGAUGGAGUUGGAAUGUCAGUGGUUACUCGAGGGGAAAAGGAAUAGUUCUCUCCGUUUGAAGUGAAAUGAAGAGACACAAUUUCAUCCUUAGAAUAAAAUCUUUAACAUAAAAUAACUCAUAUCCAUUUAACUUGAAAUGGAGAAAGAUGUACUUCCACUGGAGGGGAGAAGUGUACGUUUGAAUAUACUUCCAUUGAUGAAUGAAAGGGAUUGAUAGAUAUGUUGCUCCCACUUUUGUUAUGCAAAGUCUAUUCUUUCUUUGUUUU